AUGCUGCAAGCAUCCUGGCGAACAGGCUGCUGGAAAAAGGCAAGGCUGCUGUUUGUGUCUUCAAGGGAGAAGCAGGAGAGGGACCCUGCCAUCGGAAGGCUCUGGGCCGCAUCCUCCUGCCUGGGUGUCUUACAGAUGACUAACAGCACUCUCUCCAGCCGGGAUGCUUCCCCUCCAGGGACGGUUCCUUCUACAGUGGACUCCCUCAUCUCCUCCUGCUGCACCCUGGUGACAGCGGCCUGGGUGCCCAAGGAGGAUCAGAGGAACCAGCAGGUGGUGAGGAUGGUCCAGAUCGCAGUGCUGUGCGUGCUCUCCCUGACUGUCAUCUUUGGGGUGUUCUUCUUAGGCUGCAACUUGCUGAUCAAGUCGGAGAGCAUGAUCAACAUGCUGGUGAAGGACCGGAGGCCCUCAAGGGAAGUGGAAGUGGUGAUCAUUGAGACUUAA